UUUUGGUCUGCCUACGUUCCAUGCGGUGCGGCACAGUUGAAUGCGGUUCAACUUUCUUUGGAACAGAUCGACGUGAUCCGCCGGCUCGCCGAGAUGAAUGCUCAACAUUUAACUUUGGUUACCUCCGUCAAAGGUCUUAUCGAGGCGCAUCGAGAAGGCAAAAUCGCAAGUCUCAUCGGGGUGGAAGGUGGUCACUCCCUAGGGAAUUCCCUGGGUGUUCUCAGGACAUUUUACGGCCUGGGCGCGAGAUACCUUACCUUGACGCAUGCUUGCGAUACUUCCUGGGCAGUCUGUUCAGUUGGCGAGACGAACAAUACCCAGGAUUCGACGCCAGGCCUCAGUGAGUUCGGAAAGGCAGUUGUCAGGGAGCUAAACAGACUGGGAAUGCUAGUGGAUCUCUCUCAUGUCUCAACAAGGACUAUGAGGGCGGCCCUGCAGACGACGAGGGCACCGGUGAUUUUCUCUCACAGCGCUGCCAGAGCACUCUGCAAUUCCAAUAGAAACGUGCCGGACGACGUGCUUAGAAAUCUGGCUAAAAAUGGCGGCGUGGCUAUGGUUCCGUUUUAUACAUACUUCAUAACGUGCAACAGUACAGCCACAAUAAAAGACGUUAUUGCACACAUCAAUCACAUUCGAAAGGUGGCUGGGAUCGAUCACGUUGGAAUAGGAGCUGGCUUCGACGGGAUAAAUUUUACCACUACCGGCUUGGAGGAUGUUUCGAGGUAUCCGCAAUUGUUGGCCACCCUGCUCGAGGAUCCAACAUGGACGGAGGACGACAUUAAGAAGUUAGCUGGCCUCAAUUUGCUGAGGGUAUUCGCUAAAGUCGAGCAGGUGCGCGACGAAUGGCACAGAGCGGCAGUUUUGCCAGUAGAGAAGAUCAGCCCACCUGACCACUCAGCCUGCGUCUACGGAGCGUCUUGA